UCCUGCAGUUACUUUUGGAUGGAAGUAUGCACUUUUCCCAAUAGAAGAUGGUAAUCUCGGAGAAUGACCAUGGAGAAGGGGAUGAGUUCUGGAGAAGGGCUGCCUUCCAGAUCAUCUCAGGUUUCGGCUGUUAAAAUAACAGUCAAAGAGUUGGAAACAAAGCAGUCCCAUAAGGAGAAGCGAGGGGGCUUUGUGUUGGUACAUGCAGGUGCAGGUUAUCAUUCCGAAUCCAAAGCCAAGGAAUAUAAACAUGUAUGCAAACGAGCUUGUCAGAAGGCAAUUGAAAAGCUACAGGCUGGUGCUCUUGCGACAGAUGCAGUGACUGCAGCUCUGGUGGAACUCGAGGAUUCUCCUUUUACAAAUGCAGGAAUGGGAUCUAAUCUAAAUCUCUUGGGUGAAAUUGAGUGUGAUGCCAGCAUAAUGGAUGGAAAAUCCUUAAAUUUUGGAGCUGUUGGAGCACUGAGUGGAAUCAAGAAUCCAGUCUCAGUUGCAAACAGACUCUUGUGUGAAGGGCAGAAGGGCAAGCUCUCGGCUGGCCGAAUUCCUCCCUGCUUUUUAGUUGGAGAAGGAGCCUACAGAUGGGCAGUAGAUCAUGGAAUACCCUCUUGCCCUCCUAACAUCAUGACCACAAGAUUCAGUUUAGCUGCAUUUAAAAGAAACAAGAGGAAACUAGAGCUGGCAGAAAGGGUGGAAACAGAUUUCAUUCAACUAAAGAAAAGAAGACAAUCAAGUGAAAAGGAGAAUGACUCAGGCACUUUGGACACAGUGGGCGCUGUAGUGGUGGACCACGAAGGGAAUGUUGCUGCUGCUGUCUCCAGUGGAGGCUUGGCCUUGAAACAUCCAGGGAGAGUUGGACAGGCUGCUCUUUAUGGAUGUGGCUGCUGGGCUGAAAAUACUGGAGCUCAUAAUCCCUACUCCACAGCUGUGAGUACCUCAGGAUGUGGGGAGCAUCUUGUACGUACCAUACUGGCUAGAGAAUGUUCACACGCUUUACAAGCUGAAGAUGCUCACCAAGCACUGUUGGAGACUAUGCAAAACAAGUUUAUCAGUUCACCUUUCCUGGCCAGUGAAGAUGGUGUGCUUGGAGGAGUGAUUGUUCUCCGAACUUGCAGGUGUUCUGCAGAGUCUGACUCCUCCCAAGAUAAGCAGACACUUCUAGUGGAAUUUCUUUGGAGCCACACGACAGAGAGCAUGUGUGUUGGAUAUAUGUCAGCCCAGGAUGGGAAAGCCAAGACUCACAUUUCAAGACUCCCUCCCGGUGCGGUGGCGGGACAGUCCGUGGCAAUCGAAGGCGGGGUUUGCCGCCUGGAGAGCCCGGUGAACUGACCCUUCAGGCUGAGCAUGAAGCGUCCGAGAGGCAUUUCAGAGCCUGAGCGUUUCGGGGAUUUUAACUGAAGUUGGAUGUUUUAUCUUCGCCAUUUUAUAAUUCCUCUUUGCAGCCUCGUGCACGGCUCGCUGCUGCAGUUCGCGCUU